ACAACAGUUGUGAUACUCAAGCACUUCCGGAACUUUCGUAAUGGCUUUUCUGUGCAGAGCGCGUGCAGCGACCAACCCUCUUCUUUCAGCGAUAAACUGAUGAAUGAGUGAGAGCGGCCAAGCCUGCCCCGCAUCUUAGCACCACUUCAGAGAUAAAGCUUUUUACUUGAAGGGACUCGUCGCGGAAACGGGAGGAGUGUGCAGUGUGACCAUGCUGAGGUAGCAGCAGCCUGUAGGUCGGGAUGUCUGAGAGGGAGAAAGCGAUCUGUUACAUCAGUGACGAAGAUGAAUACAACGAUGGAGAUGAUGAAGACGAGGGCAUAGCUGACCAGUCCCACAGCGCCUCCUUCACCUCCGAAAAUGAUGCUCAGGGAGGUGAUCCAGCCGCGUGGCAGUGCACCCUUCCACCAUCUACCUCACCUUCAGGGGAGACACCGGCCCACCCUCCCCGCUCCCAGCCCACGUCUAGACCCUGCUCCAGGCCGGCCAGCCAAAGCCCUUCCCCUCCAUCUGCCCUGACAGGAACCAAGAAGAGCAGCUCUAAACCAGCUCACAUGAGACGCAACAUCAGAAAGUUACUGAGGGAACAUCAGUUGGAGGCAGUGACCAAAGCCGCCCAGCAGGAAGAGCUGGAGAGGAGGCGACGCCUGGAGCAGCAGAGAAAACGAGAUUUUCCCCUAACACUGUUGCCUGAGUACACAGCUGGUGAUGUGACAAACUAUGUGUCUUCAUUAUCGGCAUCACCACAAGAAGCGAAGUCAGCCAGACAGGAAGUGAUUUGUCUGGACUCCAGCAGCACUGGCAUCAGCGACAAUGACAGCAAGACUAAUGUAUCCACCUCUUUUACUGCAGAGAGCAGACACAAAACAGAUCUGAUUGUUCUGAGCUCAGGUGAGGACGACACUGUCCACGUCAGCAGUGAGUCCACCAAUGAGGAGGAGGAGAGCGAGCCAAGUGGCGUACACUCCAACGAUGUCCUCAACCGGCCGGACGCCCAGGGCAGGGUGCUGGUCAACCUGAAUCAUCCAGCUGAAGAGACGGACAUUUUUUUGUUGCCUCAGCUCGCACGAGUCGUCAAACCUCACCAGAUUGGUGGAAUCCGUUUCCUGUACGACAACCUGGUGGAGUCGGUGGAGCGUUUCAGUAGCAGCGAUGGUUUCGGCUGUAUCCUCGCUCACAGUAUGGGUCUGGGCAAGACGCUGCAGGUCAUCUCCUUCAUCGACAUCCUGUUCAGACACACCCAAGCUCACACCGUGCUCACCAUCGUACCUGUUAACACAUUGCAGAACUGGCUGUCAGAGUUCAACACAUGGGUCCCGCCCCAGGAAGCGUUACCUCCCAAUACCGACCCUGGACUGGUGACACCUCGCACCUUUAAGGUUCACAUCCUCAAUGAUGAACACAAGAAUACAGUGACUAGGGCCAAGGUGGUGAAUGAAUGGGCACGGGACGGAGGCGUGCUGCUGAUGGGUUACGAGAUGUACCGCCUCCUGUCGCUGAAGAAAGGUUUGGUGCCUGGGAGAAAGAAGAAGAGCAAGAAAACAACAGGACUUGCCAUUGACCUGGAUGAAGAUGACAAGCAGCAAGAACUGCUCAAAGGUAUCGAGAGAGCUUUAGCCCGACCUGGUCCAGAUGUGGUGAUCUGUGACGAAGGCCAUCGCAUCAAGAAUUGUCUUGCCAGCACUUCCCAGGCUCUGAAGAACAUCCGAACCCAACGUCGCGUCGUCCUGACUGGCUACCCUCUCCAGAACAAUCUGAUCGAGUACUGGUGUAUGGUCGACUUUGUCCGGCCCGACUUCCUUGGUACACGGCAGGAGUUCAGUAACAUGUUUGAGCGUCCCAUUCUGAAUGGGCAGUGUGUGGACAGCACACCUCAGGACAUCCAGCUGAUGAGGUACAGGAGCCACGUCCUGCACAGCCUGCUGGAGGGGUUCGUACAGAGACAAGGCCACGAUGUCCUGAAGGACCAGCUGCCCUCUAAGGAGGAGCAUGUGAUCCUGGUGCGUCUGUCUCCACUGCAGAAGGCACUCUACACAGAGUUCAUGACCCGCUUUAGAGAGGCAGGAAACACCGGCUGGCUCAGCCUGAACCCGCUGAAGGCCUUCUGUGUCUGCUGCAAGAUUUGGAACCAUCCAGACGUGUUGUACGAGGCCUUACAGAAGGAGAACAUGGCAAGUGACCAGGACUUGGACCUUGAUGAUGUCACUUCAACAGGACCCGGCCGACGUCUACCUACACCAAAUCAAAAGUCCAAGCCCCUGGAGAAUCCUAACCCCACUGGUGGACUGAGUCUCAACCAACUGCAGGAGAAAGCCAAUCAGGUCAUCACCUAUGAAUGGGCAAAAGACAUCAUGUGUGACUACAAACCUGGCAUCUUGGAGAACUCUGCAAAGAUGGUGCUGCUCUUCCACCUGAUAGAGGAGAGCAUCAGGAAGGGUGACAAAAUCCUCAUCUUCAGUCAGAGUUUGUCCACGCUGACCGUGAUUGAGGAUUUCUUGGCCAAAAGACCAGUGCCUCCCUCACCCAACAUGCCUAGUGGAGAGCAAUCAAAACAGAACUGGGUGCGCAACCUCAACUACUACAGACUGGAUGGAAAUACAACAGCCUCGGAGAGAGAGAGACUGAUAAACCAAUUCAAUGAUCCAUCCAACACUUCAGCAUGGGUCUUUCUACUGUCAACCAGGGCUGGUUGUCUGGGUGUUAACCUGAUUGGGGCAAACCGCGUAGUGGUGUUUGAUGCCUCCUGGAACCCGUGCCACGACGCCCAGGCCGUGUGUCGUGUCUACCGCUACGGUCAGAGGAAGCCAUGUCACAUCUACCGACUAGUGUGUGACUUCACCCUGGAGAAAAAGAUCUAUGACCGCCAGAUCUCCAAACAGGGCAUGUCUGACAGGGUGGUGGAUGACCUGAACCCUGUGCUGACCUUCACCAGGAGGGAGGUGGAGUCUCUUCUUCACUUCGUGGAGGAGGAGCCAGACCCCUCCGCAAUUCAGCUGCAGGCCCAUGAAAGCAUGGAAGGUGUCCUCAGGAAGGCACUGCACUUCUAUCCUCACCUGAUUACCAAGCAACCAUUCCCCCAUGAGUCACUGCUGAUGGACCGCAGAGAGCUGAAGCUGAGCAGCGCUGAGAAGAAUGCUGCUAAGAAGGGUUACGAAGAAGAGAAAAGGGCCUCAGUGCCAUACACCCGCCCUUCCUAUGCUUACUACUACCCUGCCAGUGACCAGAGCCUCACCAAUAUCCCCGCCUUCAGCCAGAGAAACUGGCGCCCUCCUCCUGAGGAGAAGCCAGUGGCCAGUGUCCAACCAGUCCAGUCAACCCCAGUUCCCAUGAUGCCCCGCCAUGCGUCUGCAGGCUCAGCCCCAUGCAACGAUUCGUCCGGAUCCAGUCUUGGAGGAUUCCCUCUCAGCUGCCUGCAAAAAGCUGGGGUGUUCGUACAGAAGAUUGUCACCACUACUGAUAUCAUGAUUCCAGGCACCAACAGCUCAGCAGAUGUCCAGGCCAAGAUCAGAGCUGGAGAGAGUAUCCACGUCAUCAAAGGCACCAAAGGAACUUACAUCAGAAUGUCUGAUGGUCGAAUAUUUGCCAUCAGAGCAGCUAAUAAGGCCAAGUCUGCAGAGAAGAACUCACAGGUGCCACCAGAGGGGGUUUCAGUCAAUGUCAGUAAUGGUUGCCUGUCACCUGACAAAAAGCAGCAGAUAGCCUUCAAGACUGUGCCCCGUCCACUUUCACCUGACAGCCCAGAGAUCAUCAAUGAGUUGCAGCACUACACAGGUGGCACAGGAGCUGGCUCCACCGCAGGCCCAGGUGCUCAGCCAGAGAGGGCAGCAGAGACCAACAUCAACAGCCUGCCCCCCACCAAACUGGUUCAAACCAAUAGCAGCAGUGGGAGCAGUUUUCCCAGUGCAAAUAUGAGCCACCACGAUGCCUCUGUGACUCAUAGAAUCCAGCUCAACACGGAUGCCACUGUUGCCCAAGACCUGAGAACAGGCUCCAAACGCAAAGCCUCCACCCCGUCUUUGGAUGAGCGGCCCAGCAAACAGUCCAAUGCGGGAAAACACUCCUCAGCCCUAGUGGCCUCACAAGGCUUCCCCUUCAGCGGGGGCUAUGGCCUCCCUCCUUUGGGCCUCAACCCUGCUAUGUUGGGUGGGUUACUGGGACACCCACUCCUCAUAGGGACAGGUUCGCCUUACUUCCAGCCCCCCCAUACUCAAAUGGCUGACCCCAGUUACAUGUACCCAGAUCUGUUUGGCUUUGGUGCAGGCAACUCAGUCCCCACAUCCUCUUGCUCCACCUCACUGACAACAACCAUCGCUACUGCUGUGUCAUCUGCUUCCUCAUCAUCAUUUUCUACAUCAGUCAAAGCUUCCAGUUCAGUUCCAGGAGCUAUGCCACCAUUUAUGCUGAGCCCCAGCAUGGCAGGCAUGGCCGGGAUGCUCACGCCAGGCUUCUCCCUCUCAUACAGCCAGUCUCUGGCAAGCCUCUACACAGGGUCAAUGCUCCCUGUUGGGCUGCCGGGUCCAGCUGCCACUCCUGCACGAUCUGAGGGCCACCGAGCCCCAGCAGUGGUGAAUGGCGGGAAUGUUAGUAGUGCCAGCAACUCAGAUGACGACGAUGAUGUAAUUGAGGUGAGGGCACAGUGA